AAACAGUCUAUCAACCACUGCCACGUUUUCAUCUAUUGGUAAACAUCAGCUGCUGGUUGGUCUUAAGGGAGGAAGACUGAAUUAGUUCCAGAUGGAGAACUGUUUCAGCUCGUUUAAGACUUUCCCGUUGAUUUAAGACAGCAGGCAGAAAAAAUGGAAUCGACCACAUGAAGAAGCAUGUGAAGUUUAUUUUUAUGCGAGAUGUUAUUUGGAGGACCACGUACACUUUUUCAGGCCAUGGGAGACGAAAGACUAAUCACAUGAUAUUUUUGUUCUGUCGAAGUGGUGUUCUGUGCUAAGUCAAUGUUGGUUUGUAUUAAGGACAAAUAUUAACUUCUUAAUGUCAGCAUGUCGACUGUGACAAGUGCUCAGACGCCGGAGGAACCUAAUCCUCCCCCCCUUGAAGAAAAGCCAAAGGGAAAAUCACUAUUUCAUUUGGGUUCGCUCUUUGCUAACAGGAGUGAAAAAUUUGUGAUUGCUAGGAGUGAUAGUGUACCAGAGGAGAAUGUUCUGAAAAUAACUAUCACGGAGACUACGGUCAUUGAGUCGGACUUGGGCAUCUGGAAUUCUCAUGCUCUCAUCUACCUCACUUUGUGGUUUUUCUUCAGCUUUUGCACUCUUUUUCUUAACAAAUACAUUCUUUCAUUACUGGAAGGAGAGCCCAGCAUGCUAGGUGCUGUUCAAAUGCUUUCAACCACCUUCAUUGGCUGUAUAAAAAUGUUUGUUCCAUGCUGCUUGUAUCAACACAAAACACGCAUCUCUUAUCCACCCAAUUUCAUCAUGAUAAUGCUGUUUGUUGGAUUAAUGAGAUUUGCAACAGUAGUCUUGGGUCUCGUCAGCUUGAAAAAUGUGGCAGUUUCAUUUGCAGAAACUGUUAAAAGCUCUGCACCUAUUUUCACUGUUAUCAUGUCUCGGAUGAUAUUAGGAGAAUACACUGGAUUGCUGGUUAAUCUCUCUCUCAUUCCUGUUAUGGGUGGGCUAGCUCUAUGUACAGCUACUGAAAUCAGUUUCAACAUUCUAGGCUUCUCGGCAGCUUUAUCUACUAAUAUCAUGGACUGUUUGCAAAAUGUCUUUUCCAAAAAACUACUCAGUGGAGAUAAAUACAGAUUUUCAGCCCCAGAGCUUCAGUUCUACACAAGUGCUGCUGCAGUGGUUAUGCUUAUUCCAGCUUGGAUAUUUUUCAUGGAUGUGCCUGUGAUUGGGAAAAGUGGAAGGAGCUUCAGCUACAACCAGGAUGUUGUCAUACUUCUCUUAAUAGAUGGAGUCUUGUUCCACCUACAGAGUGUUACAGCCUAUGCCUUGAUGGGAAAAAUUUCUCCGGUGACUUUCAGUGUUGCUAGUACUGUGAAGCAUGCGCUGUCAAUCUGGCUAAGUAUUAUUGUGUUUGGUAACAAAAUCACAAGCCUCUCAGCCAUUGGGACUGUUCUAGUGACAAUUGGAGUUCUGCUAUAUAACAAGGCAAAGCAGCAUCAGCAAGAGACUAUACACAGCCUGGCAGCUGCAGCCCCGCAAUCCGCACAAAGUACAACUGAAGAUACUGAGCCACUAAUUUCCAAGGAUUUGGAACCGUAUGAUUAAUAUGGCCAUUUAUUCUUCCAAGCUAGUGUAACUCAAAGGAACUCUUCCUGAAAGUGGUGGUUUCUUCAGCCGUUGAUGCCGAUUUGGUUACUUUGAGUUCAUGGUAGGUCAAGCCUGGGACUUGAAGCAAAGAGAAAACAAUGGGAAGACUCCAGUAAGCCUUGAUUUACUGAGAAACUGAUACGCCAGGGGACCUAGUAUCGUAUAAUGUGGUAAACGUGGGCUUUAUUGUCUUUCCUUGACUGCAAAUAAUGUACAAGGCUGUAUUAGAGAAUGAACUUCAGUGUCUUAUGGGAAAACAAUGCCUGUCUCCCUACCCAUCAAAAUAAUGUGAAAACAUGGACCCAUCACUGUAUUCUGCUUGCUUGCAGUGGAACGGAAUUGGUGCAUAACCAAAAUUCCUAGGUGUUUGUUACUCUCCGCUGUCUGCAUCCUCCACCAUUUGUGUGCGUUGUAGAACUGGAAGAAGGAACCCCUUCCUCUCCCAACAAGUGACUGAUUUUGGUAUACAUUUAGUUGAAGUAAACUAUGGAAAUGAGUCCGUG